UUUUGACUUGGUCCCGAUCCGUUUCCCGCCGCUUCCGCUCCUGUGCGGCCCGGUGUGGCCCUCGUCUCUAGCCAUGCCACAGUUGCCACAGACGACAUCGGAGGGCAGCGAAACGCGCCCGCCACGGAUGCCCCAGCGCGCACCCAGCGAAGGUUGGGUGGUGCCGCCAGCUGUCAAGGAUGCGAACGUCUCCUCCGACAGCUCAUCAGAGGACGAGACGAACCGCGUGAAGCCCGAAUCCAGCCUUCCCAAUGCUCCACUUCAUCCGGACAUUAUACGUUUCAGCCAAGCGCAUCAGCGUGUCUCAGCCACCUCGGUGAGCUCAUCAGGUCCAACGACCUCCGACUUCCAUCGGGUCUUCAACAGCCUGUCCGCCUUUCGCGGUCAGUUGGUGGCCAAUCAGAAGGCCAUGCUCAACUUGUUGGAUGAAGAGUUGGACAAGGUGAAACGUUCACCAGGCAUGGGCCCGGCCGCUUUGGCGCGUGGAAGUACCAGCAACGCCUUGGACCCGCAAGGUGCUCCAACAUUGAUGCACGCUGCGAGCGGACAAGGUGGGACGCCCUUGGUGCGCGGGAGCAGCGGACAACAAGGUUCUGCUGACAAGGGCGAGGUGAAACGGUAUUCCUUCAAUUCCACCUUUCCAUCACUGCCAUCAGUGCAGAAAGCCCGCAAGAGGCGCAUGUCCUGGAUCCAGAAGACGGUGAACCCGUUGGUGAACCAGCCCGACAGUGGGGAGGCCAGUCCAGUAACUGAGAAUGGAGCGGAUGUGAACUGGACCAAGGAGGACAAGGACAAGGCAUUGAAUGCGGCGGAGGAGUACCAGAAGGGAGGUAUGUUGUCCCAGUUGAAUCAAGACUUGGCCAAGAAGAAUGUCCGAAAGCGCGCAGCGCAUGAGUUGGAACAAGCUGCAGCAGGGGACGUGUCGCCAGUGCGUCAGACUGAAGGAGGCAUUUUGGUGAGGAUGGGGAUGCACCCCUGGUUCGAACGGGCCACCAUGGCCAUGAUCUUCAUGAAUGCCGUCUGGAUCUCAGUGGACAUCGAGUUCAAUGACGCUGACAUCUUGGCCGAGGCAGACGCUGGCUUCAUUGUGGUGGAGAAUCUCUUUUGCACCUUCUUCACCUGCGAGCUGAUCCUUCGCUACAGUCUCUUCACCAGGACCUGGUUUGCACUGCAAGAUCCUUGGUUCAUGUUUGAUGUUUUCCUGCUCAUUUUGAUGGUCUUCGAAACGUGGCUGGUGCCCAUCGCACACCUUUUGACCUCCAAGAGCGGCAACAGCAUGACGGGUGGCGCCUCUGUUCUCCGGGUGGCACGCGUGCUGCGGGUGCUGCGCACUGCGCGGAUGGCGCGUUUGGUGCGGUUCAUGCCGGAGCUGAUGAUCCUCAUCAAAGGAAUGAUGGUGGCCUGUCGCUCUGUGUUCUUUACCUUGGUAUUGCUCCUGCUCUUCACGUAUGUCUUUAGCGUGGCCUUUGUGCAGUUCAGCCGUGGCACCGCCUUGGAAGGCCAGUUCUUCGGGUCCAUGGGCACGGCCAUUUGGACCCUGAUUUUGAAGUGCAUUCUCACGGACCAGCAAUUCAUCAUUGAAGCGGUGGCGCAGGAGAGUUGGAUCAUGGCCAUCAUGGUGCUUUUCUUCAUCCUCUUUGGAUCUUUAACAGUGAUGAACAUGCUUUUGGGCGUGCUGGUGGAGGCCAUCAAGACGGUGUCGACCAUUGAGCGGGAACAGUUGGAAGUGGACUUUGCCAAGAAGUGCCUUUUGGAAAUGAUCGACAAAGGACAGGCGGAUCAGGAUGGCGACAACCGAAUUUCAGAGGAAGAGUAUCGGAAUGUGUUGAGAACUCCCCAGGCCAUGGCGGCCUUGACCAGCUUGGGUGUCGAUGUGGAGGCGGCCUUGGACUAUGGCCGACUCUUGUUUGAAGACGGAGAGCCGUUGACCUUCGGAGACUUCAUGCGCGGCAUCUUGACGCUCCGGGGCUCCAAUCAAACCACGGUCAAGGACAUCGUGGACCUCCGCAAGUUCACGGCCGACGAGUUUUCGCACAUCCACGAGGUGCUCAACGGCAUUUGCAAGUUCCUGGUGACUGGAUACAAUCCGCCCACCCUUCCGCCAGCUGCAGCGCCCCCAACGCCUCAGCCCACUUUGGGUCUCCAUCCUCGCGUCAGCGCUCGAUCCUCCUUCACCUCCGUGAGCAGUUGGGCGGUGACGGAGGAGAGUUCUCGGGUCACUGGGCGCAGCAGCGGUGAUGAGAGCUGAGAUGAGGGGCGAAAUGGUGAAGAUGCGAAUUCACCUGGGACCGGUGAUGAGGAAUGAGCCGACUCUUGUGAUCAGGCACUGCGAAUGUUCCGCUUCAAAAGGAAUAGGCAGAGCGAUAGUGCUCUAUACAUGCAAUUAUAUUGAUCCUCCGAAAUAGGCCAUGAUUUUUCUGAAGCAGGAUGGAAGACCGAUGAAAGUACGGCCAACCCAGCGGCAUUGCUGGUGGCGAGAGCUGAGUGGGACCGAGGUACGUCGUGGCCGAGGCUUACGGA